AUGGAAAUCGUUGUGUCUGGUCGUCCUGUUGGUUAUGCAGACAUCUUUACUGUAUACUUUAAAAGUGAACCUGAGCAUGGUGCACAAAACUUACCAGUGGCCGAGCUGUUUUUGGGAAGAGUUCCUUUCGACGACUGGAUAGGGCCAGACAUCUUCAUUCCGCUGCAUGAAGCGCCCACAUGGAGUAUCCACAUUCAGUGUGCUGACCCGCUCCAGGUCCUAGUGCCGGAAAAAAUACUCACAGAAUGGAAUACAAAAGCUAUAUUGCGAACAAGCGAGUGCGAGAGCGUGAGUGCGCGCGAGUGCGAAAGUACAACGGUCUUAAUCUAUUUAUUGGAGGGGCACUGUCUAACUUGGUCCGAUGCUGUCGCAAACGGUCUGACCUUGGAACGAGGCUGCGACGCGCUACAUAUUGCGGGGGAGUUUUUGCGCUUUGAUGGGCAGGAGUUCGCGGCGGGACCCUUGGUCGCUGAUCUAUCGCUCACAACUCAGUUCAUCUGGCUGGACAGGCAGUAUGAGGCAGGCAUUUUACAGGUAUUGGGAGCGGGCAGUUGGGAAGGUGGAAUGUACUACGUGGCCUGUGAUCGGAUUGCAAACCUACCUAGGCUGAUUUUUGACAUUGAGGAUGACAGCGUUUAUCUUACUCCGGAUGAAUACAUCCUAAAGUGCCUAGUUGCCGGAAAAAAGACUCACAGAAGGGAACACAACAGCCAUAUUCCGAACAAGCGAGUGCGAGAGCAAAAGUUACAACGGCCCCACGCUAUCUAA